CCCUCCUCCCCCGGCGCUGCCAAGGGCGCAGCGGCCUCCAGUCGCGGCCCGGCCUGCCCUUUCCCUCUGCGGCCUUGCCCGGCUGCCCGCACCGCCGCCCCUGCGCCCUCGCUCCGCCGCCCGCUCCCACCGCCCGCGGCCAUGCUGGCCUCCCGCGGGCCGGCCCUCUGCACCGCGCUGCGGCGGGCAGCGCCCGGCGGCCUCGCCUCCUUCCAUUGCUCCGCUGGGCGCCGCCGCAAUGCGCGCGUCGCUGUGGUCCUGUCUGGUUGUGGUGUCUAUGAUGGCACAGAAAUCCAUGAGGCCUCGGCCAUACUGGUACACCUUAGUCGUGGGGGAGCUGAGGUGCAGAUGUAUGCUCCAGAUGUUCCUCAGAUGCAUGUCAUUGACCACAGUAAAGGGCAACCAGCUGAAGCUGAGUCCAGGAACGUUUUAGUGGAAUCUGCAAGGAUUGCUCGUGGUAAAAUUGCAAGCCUGGCUAAGCUCACGACAGCAGAUCAUGAUGCUGUGAUAUUUCCUGGUGGAUUUGGAGCUGCUAAAAACUUAUCCACCUUUGCUGUUGAUGGGAAAGAUUGCAAGGUGAAUGGAGAAGUUGAACGUGUCUUGAAAGACUUCCACAAAGCAGGCAAACCUAUUGGUCUUUGCUGCAUUUCACCAGUGUUGGCAGCAAAGGUUCUCUCUGGUGCUGAAGUGACUGUGGGCCAUGAAGAAGAGGAAGGUGGCAAGUGGCCUUAUGCAGGGACUGCAGGAGCCAUUAAAGAGCUGGGAGGAAAGCAUUGUGUGAAAGAAGUAACUGAAGCUCAUGUGGAUACAAAGAACAAGGUGGUUACUACCCCAGCAUUUAUGUGUGAAACAGAAUUACAUAAGAUCUUUGAUGGCAUUGGGGCCAUGGUAAAGAAUGUGCUAAAAUUAACUGGCAAAUAAAAGAAACCCAGAGAUGCUUAAAUUUCAGAUGUAAUAUCAAAUGCAGUAUGGACCAAUGGAAACAUUUUCACCUGCUUGUCCUGUGCACACUCUAGUGAAUGCUGAUAGGAAGCUGAAGCUGAUUGAUUCCCAGCUGCAUGUUUUUCCAUGCCCUUUCCAAGCAAGGGGCCUGCAGAACAGCUUACCGAGCACAAGCAGCCUGGCCUGAGGCACAGAGCAUUUUCUUGAACUUUUUCAGCUGGAGAUGGCUGGGCAGACGUGUUCUGAAACUGGUCCUCUCGAUGCAGCGGUGUCAAAUCAUUUCUAUGGGGACAAAAAGAGGCUGAAGGCCCUGUCAGAAGCUGAGGACAGGUGUGUUGCAGAGACAUGGCAGAUGCAGUCGCAGUAGAUGUAGUGGACAAAGGAUGGGAGUAGAGAGGAAUGGGUGCAUCAUUCAAGGUUUAUGUGCUCAGGCCUAUAUCUGUGAACUAAAAUCUAUGAUCAGCCAUCAAGGGAAUGGACAUCUUCCACAUCUUAAUUUUAGCUUGGUGUUAAUUAAAAGAUUGAUGUUUUGUUUAUCAGUUUCAAAGAAUCCUGUUUUCACAAAAAGCCAUUCUGAGUAUCAAUCAGCAGCAGGAUACAUCUUAACUGCCACAACACUAGCACUCUGAAAAAUUCAUCCAUUGGCCCAUUAUAGCUAAAAAGGUCUUGAAAUGAAGAAGAAAAUAUCUGCUGAUAUGACGCACAAUUUUUGAGGAUAACAUCCAUGCUGAAGUAGUUGCCUGACUAGCAAUGGAUGGAAAAAAUCUCAAAUUAUCCUCACUUUGUCUGCUUUAGGGUAAUAAAGCUUUCUCUAAAGAAAUAUUAUUGAAUGUCUGGAAUAAUGAUGUAUAAAUAAAUUAAAUUUUGCCUUUA